ACCCGGAAGCGGAUCGCUGGGAGUGAACGCCUAGAGCGCAGUUUCCGGUAGAACCGGAAGUCGAUCGCUUGGAGAGUGUUUCGCGGAAGCGCGAUUCAGUUCCAAAGAGACAUAUGUGAGGAAGCAACUCGGAAGAGGAAAGAACAGAAGUCAGGAAUGGCCCUUAGUCAGGGACCGUUGACAUUCAUGGACGUGGCCAUAGAGUUCUCUCAGGAGGAGUGGAAAUGCCUGGACCUUGCUCAGAGGACUUUAUACAAGGAUGUGAUGUUGGAGAACUACAGGAACCUGGUCUCCCUGGGAGUGGGUCUUCCUGACCUGAGUGUUGUCUCCAUGUUGGAGCAAAAGAGAGAACCCUGGACUCUGCAGAGUGAAGAGAAAAUAGCAAGGGAUCCAGAUGGCAGGGAAUGCAUCAAAGGUGUGAACACAGAGAGGAGCUGUAAAUUGGGAAGUAAUGUAGGAAACAAGCCUUGUAAAAGUCAACUUGGAUUCAUGUUUCAUUUACAUCUGAGUGAUCUGCAGUUAUUUCAAGAUGAAAGGAAAAUGUCUGGAUGUAAGGAUGUUGAAAAACUCAUAAAUGAGAAUUCCUCCGUUUCACCACUUCAAAAUACUUCUUCCAGUGUCGAAUCCCGCCUUUUAAGUAAAUAUAGAAAUAAUUUUGAUGAUGCUCCAUUUCUUCCGCAAGAACAGAAAUCACAUAUUAGGGGAGAACCUUAUGAAGGUAAUGAGCAUGGUCAAGUCUUUAGAGCAUCUGCAAACCUUACCAACCAUCAAGUAAUCCAUAUUGCAGACAUUCCUUACAAAUGCAAUGAGUGUGGCAAGGUCUUUAAUUGCAGUUCAAAGCUUGUGAUACAUCAAAGAAUGCAUACUGGAGAGAAGCCUUACAAAUGUAAUGAAUGUGGCAAGGUCUUUAGUAGCAAUUCAAACCUUUCACAACAUCAAAGAAUUCAUACUGGAGAGAAGCCUUACAAAUGUCAUGAAUGUGGCAAGGUCUUUCGUAGCAGUUCAAAGCUUGCACAACAUCAAAGAAUUCAUACUGGAGAGAGGCCUUACAAAUGUCAUCAAUGUGACAAGGUCUUCAAUCAAAUUGCACACCUUGUACGGCAUCAGAAAAUUCAUACUGGAGAGAAACCUUACAGAUGUAAUCAAUGUGGCAAAGUUUUCAGUCGCCAUUCAUAUCUAGCAGAACAUCAAACAGUUCAUACUGGUGAGAAACCUUACAAAUGUAAAGAAUGUGGCAAAGCAUUUUCAGUGCGUUCCAGCCUCAUUACCCAUCAGUUAAUUCACACUGGAAGGAAACCUUACAAAUGUAAAGAAUGUGACAAGGUCUUUGGGCGCAAGUGUUUCCUGACCUCUCAUCAGAGAAUUCAUACUAGAGAGAAACCUUACGGAUGCAAUCAGUGUGGCAAGAUCUUUAGUCAGAAUUCAGACCUCAUACGACAUCGAAAAAUUCAUACUGACGAGAAACCUUACAAAUGUAAUAAAUGUGGCACAGGGUUUAGAGAGUUUUCAGACCUCACUGCCCAUUUUCUAAUCCAUAGUGGAGAGAAACCUUACGAAUGUAAAGAAUGUGGCAAAGUCUUCAGGUACAAGUCUUCUCUAACUAGUCACCAUAGAAUUCAUACUGGAGAGAAGCCAUACAAAUGUAAUGAAUGUGGCAAGGUCUUCAGUCGUAGUUCAAACCUUAUAUGCCAUGAGAAAAUUCAUACAGGAGAGAAGCCUUACAAAUGUAAUGAAUGUGGCAAGGUCUUUAAUCAACCUUCAUACCUUACAAGACAUCAAAUAAUUCAUACUGGAGAGAGACCUUACAGAUGUAAUGAAUGUGGCAAAGCGUUUAGAGGGUGUUCUGGCCUUACUGCCCAUCUUGCAAUCCAUGCUGAAAAGAAAUCUCAUGAAUGUAAAGAAUGUGGCAAGAUCUUCAGUCACAAGUCUUCCCUAACCAAUCACCAGAGAAUUCAUAUUGGAGAGAAACCUUACAAAUGCACCCUGUGCAGUGAGGUCUUUAGCCACAAUUCUGACCUUGCACAGCAUCAGAGAAUUCAUUCAUGAGAGUUCUUACAAACUGUGUAUGGCAAGAUCUUCAUCAUGAUUUCCAGCAUUAACAUCAGAAAGUCCAUACUAAGUGGAAAUCAUAUAAAUGAAAUGUGUGUGACUCAGGCAUUAUCAAGGUCUGCCAAAUCACUGGACAUCAAAAUAUACCUCUUGGAUGAAACCACAUAGAUGGAUUAUGUGUACUCAGGCUAUUAUUCAAGGACAGUUACUAUAGAAUAUGAUAGAAUUUGCACAAGUAACUUAGUCUUUGGUUCUCUAGUGUUUAUGAUAUGGCAUGCUGCAGAAUAAUGCUGUUAAAAUAUGUUGAAUCUCAUGAGAUGAUGUAUAUCGAAGGUGCAAGGGCAUGUGGAAAUGAUCAGUUGUAUUCAGGUUAUAAAAAAUUCAAUUAUUUGGGGUAUGUAGAAAAGGCUAGUUUACUCUUUAUGACUUUGAAAUUUCUUCAUGUGCCUUCCAUACGGGCCUCUGGGAAAGAAUGAGUAGGAUGACAGGGCUAACUUCAUUAGCUGAGGAUUAUUUCUAUCCAAUUUCCAGAUGAAGAAGAACACUGCCUUUUUGGAUUAAAUACUGUCUGAUUUAGAGAGCAUGGAGGUGGGCAGAGUAACUUAAAGCUCUGAUGACCAUCAUCAUACUGUUGACCAGCACAUUUUCUCCUGAUGUAAGUUCACACUGCCUCAGUAUCUACCAACUGACCAUGAAAUAGAGUGUCCAUGAUCUUAAGACGUGGGUUAUUAAUGGGAAGAGAGUAAUAUGUUGCUGGGGUCUCAUUAUAGAGCAGAAAUAAUGCAAGGAAAAAGAUGUCUACCUUCUCCAUUGAAUAGCAGUAGUUGGUGUUUAGCAAAGACUGAUGAGACAACCUAGUCUUUUUUUUUUUUUUUUUUGAGAUGGCAUCUCUCUGCUGCCCAGGCUGGAGUUUAGUAGUGUGUUCUGGGCUUAUUGCACCCUCUGCCUCUUGGGUUCAAGCAGUCCUUCCGUCUCAGCCUCCCAAGUAGCUGGACUACAGGUGUGCAUCACCACACCCAGCUCAUUUUUGUGUUUUUAGUAGAAAUAGGGUUUAUACUAUGUUGGCAAAGCAGAUCUUAGACUCCUGACCUCAAGUGAUCUGCCCACCUUGGCCUCCCAAAGUGCUGGGAUUACAGGUAUGAGCCACCAUGUCCAGACUUAUCUUCGAAAUGGAAGAGAGAAGUUAUAUCACAGUAGAGAAUUUAAUCAUGACCAGAUCAGCAUAUUCUUUUUUUACAUGAGAUGGAGUUUCACUCUUGUCACCUAGAUUGGAGUACAGUGGCAUGAUCUUGGCUCGCUGCAACCUCCACUUCCUGGGUUCAAGCACUGCCUCAGCCUCCCAAGUAACUGGGAUUAUAGGUGCACACCACCACACCCAGCUAAUUUUUGUAUUUUUAGUAGAGAUGGGGUUUCACCAUGUUGGCCAGACUGGUCAACUCCUGCCUCAGGUGAUCCACCCACCUUGGGCUCAAAAUGGUGGAAUUACAGGCAUGAGCCACUGUGCCCGACCAAAUCAGCAUAUUCUCAAGUAGGAUUCUCACUUAAUUCUUGGCAUUAUAGGCAUUAUAAGUUACAACUGUUUUUUUUUUUUUUAAGAAUGUGUGUAGUUCUCUUGUUUGCAGUAAUAAAGUUUCAUUUUUCCUACGUA